GGGGAGCGAGAAACAGUCCCACCGAGAAUCUUUGCCCUCAAACCAAUCAGAGUCCGACUCGUCUCGCUUACGGUUACUGGCACCGCCGCUAAACUGCGCCGGCGGUGACAUGUUCCUUCUCGCUCUCACGGACAAAAGGUUUUUGCAAUACCAGUUUGAGUGAAUUUGCAGCAUGGGCCCUGAAUUGGAGCCGAAACCAAAGUCGGGAACUGGAAUGGAACUGUCAGUUGCUAAGGAUGGAAGUAUCAACCGAGACCUAGAAGAUAAACUUAUGCCUUGUGUAAGUAACUACAAAGAUAAUAUUUUUGACAUGGAAACGCGAUUGGUUGGACAAACUUCUGCAUCAAAUGUAAGGGAGAAUGUGGAGGUAAACAGAACUGGGUUUCCAAGUCCUAAUGUUGUGCAGAUCGUUGAAAGCGAAUGCGGGGAUUUGACGGAGAGUUCGAGUUCUUUUGGUGAUACAACUUCAGGGACAGAGAAUGGUUAUGUGUCGGAUGGUGAUGAAGUUCAGUCGCCGUGGCAUGGAAAUGAGUUCGCCCCUUUCUAUGAUGAAUAUUUUGGUGCAUUUGAAACAAGGAGGAAAAGGUUGACCACUCAUUGGAAUAAGUUUAUACGUCCUCUUAUGUGGCGCUUGAAAUGGCUGGAACUGAAGAUUAAGGAACUUCAGUCGCAGGACAAAAAAUAUGAUUUACAGCUUGCAAAGUAUGCCCAAAUAGAGCAGUCUGAAUUUGAUGCAAUGUCAAAGUUAACGAAAAGGAAGAAAAGAAAGAGAGUUGAAGAUACUACCAAUAUAGCAUGUUAUAUGUCCCAACAUAAUCUUUUCUCCUAUGAAAGUAAGAGGUCUCGUGCUAAUGGUGUUUUCAUGGAGGGAGACUGGGGUGAUUCUGCAGGAGACAAAACUUGCACUGGCAAUAAAGAUGUUGAGACAAAUGAUAUAUGGUCAUCUCUUGAAUUCAGGGAUGGUAAUAGUUCCUUGGAAGAUAUUCUUUGGAAGAUUGAAGUGGUACAUUCAAAAGUAUGGAAGUUGAAGACUCGAGUGGACAAGGUCGUGAAGGAAAAUCAAGGAAACAUUUCUUCAGCUAACAACUUCCAAGUACCCUGUGAUGCAUUGAUGGGAUCUGCUCAAAAUCCUGCUUUUCGUGGUGAAAAUGGAAAUAGAUUACUGUUCAAAAGUUUAUCCACUGCAUCUAUGCAUAUCAAAUGUGACACGGGAGAUCCAUUCUUGCCUGAGAUUGCAGUUUCAAGUCUUGCAGAGCUGACCCCUCGUCCUGGUAUUACUGUAAACACAGAUCAGCCUCUGGUUGGCAGUGUACUUGAAAAUGCCGGGGAUAUACACCUUAUACCUAAGGAUGCUGUCAAGGCUGAGCCAUGUGAUUUAGAAGUUAAAGAUCCGUUCAUACGGAAGCCUUGCAUAUCACCUCAAGAGCAGAAAACCAGUUGUCCUGCUCCAGUUUCGGAAACUGUGUUGCCCACAAAUGUUCCUGUUCGGUAUUCAGAAAAAGUGAUGCCCACAAACUCCAGUGUACCUAAUGCAACUGAAGAACCAGAUUCCUCUACCAGGACUGCCUUGCCUUGGAACACAAGAAAUCAAGGGAGGCGAAAACCCGGCUCGUACUUGAAAACUUUAAACCGGAAAUCCUAAAGUUAGCUGGUUUAGAAGCGACGGUAUUUUUUUUUUUUUUUUUUUUGCAAUGGUCUCUUGUAUAUGCUACUUAUUCUGCUGUAAAUGCUUUUUGUCACACAUGCUUAUAUGAUUUCAACUGUAAAUCCUGCUUCAUCAGGCCAGCAAACUACAGUUUGCUGGAAAUAUUAAAAUCCUGUUUCGUGUUUGAUCAAUUGAAUUUCGGCAUUAUACCUC